UCCGGAUGGGGGUGGAGGUGGUGGGGUGGGGAGGAGGUUGAAACGGGACUGCAUGCUUCGAAUAGAAAUGGGAUUUUUAAUGUUGCACACAGCGGACGCUCUUGCCUGUGCGCAGCCGGGGGGACUGUAGUACGCUUUUUUGGGGGGUGGGGGGUAAUGUUUGCCAAGGAAUAAAAAAAAAAACAAAAAAAAAAAACGGUGUAGCCGAAGGUGCAUAACAUCUCGUUUCCAUGGACAACACGUCCAUAAUAACACAGGUUGCAAAUCCGAAAGAGGAGGAGAGCAUUUCUUCAAGUCAAGAUAAAGUCUCCCAGUCCAACAGCAGCCUAAAGAAGCACCGGAGCCGGAGCAUUUUCAGCCCCUUCUUCUGCUGCUUCCGCAACUACAAUGACUACCACGUGGAGCCACCACCCGCCAACAACAAGACACUUUCUCUGCCGCCGCCAGAAGAGAAUGGCAGUCCUCCCAAGUGUGACCAGGUCCAGGUCAUCCCCAUCCCCAGUCCUCCAGCGAAGUUCCUCCUGCCCGAGGCCAGUAUAGCAGACUACGGCAAGAACUGUGUGGUGAUCGACCUCGAUGAAACCCUCGUUCACAGCUCCUUCAAGCCCAUCAGCAAUGCAGACUUCAUUGUUCCAGUGGAGAUUGAUGGGACUGUUCAUCAGGUGUACGUGCUGAAGAGGCCCCACGUGGACGAGUUCCUCCAGAAGAUGGGGGAGCUCUUCGAAUGUGUCCUCUUCACAGCGAGCUUAGCCAAGUAUGCUGACCCUGUGGCAGACCUGCUGGACCAGUGGGGGGUGUUUCGCUCCCGGCUCUUCAGGGAAUCCUGUGUUUUCCACAGAGGAAACUAUGUCAAAGACCUCAGCCGGCUGGGCCGAGAGCUCAGUAAAGUCAUCAUCAUAGACAACUCACCUGCCUCCUACAUCUUCCACCCUGAGAAUGCAGUCCCGGUGCAGUCCUGGUUUGACGACAUGACGGACACAGAGCUGCUGGACCUGAUUCCUCUGUUCGAGGGCCUCAGUAAGGAGGAGGACGUUUACAGUCUGUUACAGAGCUUGAGGAACAGGUAGCAGACGGCGGCUCCAGCUGGUUCUUCCUGCCGCAGCCCCGCUGCACAGAGGCCUCACCUCGCUGCCACGGCCCUGCAGCUCAUCUCCCGUCCUCCUUGGAGUCCCAGCGUGGCCCCUAAUCUGAUGACUUCAGGCUAUUGUUCCGGUCAUAAUGAAAUCUAGAGACAACAACUGUAUGGAUUCUUACCAUCUCUGCGUUUUUGGACUCUUUGUACAGGACUCCUACUGACAAAAGAUUAUAUUACUGUAUGUACAUACUAUAUGUUUCUAAGAGCAAGACAUACAUAAAGUAAUUUUUCUAUCAGAGAAAGGAGGUUUUACUAUUCUAUCAAGUAAUAUUUUAGUUACCAAAAAUAAUCGAAUAGACAGAACGAAGAGUUUUUUUCUUUUUUCAAGAAGGUUGACCUUUUGUUGUUUUUUUUUGGUUGUUUUUUUUUGUGUAGAGCUGUGCUAUGCAGGCUGUUGUUUCUCGUCUGACCUUUUGUUCAAACAACUGUGAUUUAUCUUCUCUUACAGAAUGAAGUGCCUUCAUUACUGUGCUGAUUUUGUUGUGUCGGGUUAUGGGGUGCACAUUUUUAUGCUGCAUAUUUACUCAAAUCUCCAAAAGCAUAUUAACUAAAAUCCUUCAAUUCAAGUAUGAACUGAGUCUUUGGUAAUUGUCAUUUAAUCUGAGAAAACAGAAAAUAAUGAAUUACUAGAAAUGUAUCCAACUAGCCUGUUAGACCUGAAUGAUUCUUUGUGUUUGAGUUUAGUAACAUUGAAUUGUUAAAUUUACCAAAUAUUUUUACAAUUCAAUGUGAUUUGUGGCUGAAUGACGUCAUUUGAUCUUUGACAGUGGCUGUAAAUUGAUAAUCCUUAAAGACAUUGAAACCCCCCACGUUAUUACUGAAAGAAAAAAAAGAAACCUUUGUGAUGACAUCACCGUCCACCAAUAAAUGUUAAACUUUUGAGGAAAACAUAAUAAUUAGCUUAGAUUACAUGAAAUUCUAUUUAUUGGGGAAAAUGGGUUUGGGUGCAUUGUAAAGACUGCUGUUGAAAUCGUACUGUACAACAUUAUUAAAGUUGCAAGUUUGCACACUGUCA